GAGUUCAACAGGGUGUUUGGAUCUGGAUGGUUUCUGCUUACAGUUGGGAGGGAUAAGUGAUCAGUGAUCUUUCAUCCUGAGCGUCAGUCGGGGCGGCUCUCUCUGCGCUUUUCUUUCCUCUUGUGGUCUCUCUCGAUCUACUCUCUACAUUUCUUUGCCCGUCUCUCCCUGAUUUAUAUCCCUCAACCAUGGCUCCGAGCCUGGCCACGGCGUUCGCCCGGCGCUGGUGGAUGGCAGUGACUUCUAUCAUUGAGAAUCUGCUCUUCUCCGCCGUGCUACUUGGAUGGGGAUCGCUCCUCAUCAUGCUCAAGUCCGAAGGCUUCUACUCUUACCUUUGCAACGAAGAAGGCUUCAACAGUUCCAGCUACAAUCAGUCCCUACCCCUAGCAACGCCGACACCCGAUGACUAUGCUGACUACUAUGAAAGUGAGGGUGACGGGGUUGGUCUGGGAGAUGGAGUGGAGAUGAGGCCCCUGGUCCCUAUGGAUGGGCCCCUGAGGAUGAACGGCUGGCUGAUUUGUAAAGAACAGGAUGAGAUGCUGAACCUGGCGUUCACAGUGGGCUCCUUCCUGCUCUCGGCCAUCACACUGCCAUUGGGGAUCGUCAUGGAUAAAUAUGGGCCUCGCAAGCUCCGACUGCUCGGCAGCACGUGUUUUGGAUUGUCCUGUCUACUCAUUGCUUAUGGAUCCUACAAUCCAAAUGAACUCUCCGUCCUGAUCUUCAUUGCCCUGACUUUUAAUGGCUUUGGGGGCAUGUGCAUGACCUUCACCUCUCUCACACUCCCUAACAUGUUUGGGGACCUCCGUUCCACCUUCAUCGCCCUGAUGAUUGGCUCCUAUGCCUCCUCCGCUGUCACCUUCCCUGGUGUCAAGGUGAUCUACGACCUUGGCGUAGCUUUCAUUACUAUCCUGGUGGUGUGGGCUGCAUGUGCUGGAGUGGUCUUCUUGAACUGCUUCUUGAACUGGCCAAUGGAGCCUUUCCCAGGACCAGAAGACAUGGACUACAGUGUGAAGAUCAAGUUCAGCUGGCUGGGCUUCGACCAUAAAAUCACAGGGAAGCAGUUCUAUAACCAAGUGACCACAGUGGGACGUCGUCUAAGUGUGGGCGACAACCUGAAGCAGAAGGAUCUGGCCAAUAAGGACGGAAACAAGCUCUGCCUCUCCACCAUGGACCUGGAAAUAAAGAGCAAUACAAAAGAAGAGUCCCAGUCAUUCUUAAAAACCAUCAUCAGCCCAAUCUUCCUGCUCAGUCUGGUGACCAUGUCCGUCACUCAGCUCCGUCUCUUGUUCUACAUGGGGGCCAUGAACAGCGUUCUGGAGUCGCUCAGUGAUGGAGACCUCAACACAGUGGGUCUGUACUCCUCCAUCUUCGGCAUACUGCAGCUGCUUUGCCUGAUGACCACUCCUGUGAUUGGUCAGAUCAUGGACUGGAAGCUGAAGGACUGUGAUGAUGGAGAGGAGGAAAAGGAGCCCUGCAGCAAGGGGGAGACAAAGAUUAAGCGCAGAGACAAAAAAACCCAGAAGGUGACCAAUGCCUUGCGAGCGUUCCUCCUCACAAACGUCCUUUUAGUGGGAUUUGGGAUCACUUGCCUGGUGCCCAAUCUCCCCGUACAGAUUGUGUCAUUUGUCUUACACACUGUGGUGAGAGGAUUCCUUCACUCAGCGGUUGGGGGCCUCUAUGCCGCUGUGUAUCCCUCCUCGCUGUUUGGAAGUCUAACGGGCAUGCAGUCGCUGGUCAGCGCUGUGUUUGCUCUACUGCAGCAACCCCUGUUUCUGGCUAUGAUGGGACCCUUGGAGGGAGACCCAUUCUGGGUAAAUAUUGGACUCUUUGGUCUGAGUAUGCUGGGCUUCUUGCUGCCUCUCUACCUGAUCUGCUACAGACGGACGCUCUACAGACAGCAACAGCAAAAGGAGGACAACGCUAAGAUCUACAUCAAAAUCAACGGCUCUGACAUCCCAGAGGCCUACGUCUAGAGACAAGUCAAUGCAGAGAAAUUGAGAAACUACAUAGAAUAAGACUUUUAAACCUACUGUGUAAUUGUCAUAGGUCCCGAGUACACACGCAAACAGACUGUCGUGUCAUUUUUCCAAACUGUGAACCGAGAUAAACUGAUGCUGCGGUUGUCACAGAAACAGAUCAGUCGGACAGUCGCUAAGGAGGACAGUGAAACGGAGGGGGAAAGAAAAAACAAGAGGAAAGACUGUGAAAGGAAAGAGGCAUGAGCCCUCUGCAUCUCCCCCAAAUCCUCUGUCUUCUCUUUUUUAUUCCCUCCUCGCUGAGCAACACAUCAGUGCAAAUCCGUUCCACAUAGGACUGUUUUAAUAAUCCCCAAAUUAACAGAAAAGGAGUUUGUUUAGCUCAUGAACAUCCUCCAUGUGACAGCAUCAAGACUACUAAACAUCACCCUCAAAAUGACCUCAUCAUUAUUAGUUAUUAUCUCAUAUGUUGACGUUAUAUCACCCUGAUUGUAAAUCCCAUAACAUGGUGCUACCAGUCUAUUCAUCAGCUGGAUUUUUGAUAUAUGGUGCAAGUGUGGACUAUAUGGCAUUAAUGAGCGACAGGAAGGAGAGAAAAACCUUAUUGUUGAAGAGACUCGUGAUGAUACAUUAUGGGGCUGGCUUGUUUUCUUUUUUUUUACCAGGCUAACAUCUUAUUAUAGUGUAAAAUGGCUGUAGCCUAGAAUAUACCAUAGUAUGGAUGAAUGUCAGUGUUUUUUAGGGCUGCAUCGUGAAAGAGGGGCAUCAAAUCUAACUGCGGUAUGUUCUGCUAAAAGCAAAAUGUUCACGUACGUUUAGAAGUAUUUAUUUUAUUUCUUGCUUUCUUUAGUUUUUUUUUUAUAUGUUAAGUUUACCGGGAUUGCCUUGUGAAUAUACUUUUGUGUAAAAGAAAAGAUUUACACAUAUCAGUGAAAAUAGUUUCCCCAUCAUGUUCUCCAUUCAGUGUAUCCAUAAACGCAUCAUCAUCAUCAUUCACCGAUACUGUUCAGCACUUUAUACCCUGUGAACCUCUUUACAGUGAAUUCCACACACAUCACACAGCUCAUUUCAGCACUUCUCUCCUGAUGCCUCUGGAGAAAUAGUACCACUUUCAUUUUGGGCUCCUCCUACCUUCUUACAUGUAUUUAUUUCAUUUUGCGUUCACUUUUCAUCCCGUAUUUAAAUCAUGCUGUGCUGACAACGUGUCAUAUGUCUGAUCGUAUACUGUUGUUCGCAUAGAGCUCUUUCUUCUACAGCUCAAGAUAAUGUAGAUAUGUUGGGUCGUGCAGGCCUUCCUUUUUGGAAAAUGGAAGAAUUUGUGGGAGUUAAUAAAGAUGAGUUGAUCUCUUG